AUGAAUCAUUUCAAGGCUUUGGUUCUUCUGUUUUGCUUGGCUAAUAUCUUGUUCUCCUUAUCUGAAGCAUUUGGAACAUACGGAAAUCCUGUGAAUGGAAAACGUAAGGAACAUGUUUAAUUUUCUCUUAAGAGUUGAAAUGCAAACUGCCUUUAACUAAAACUCUUUUUAUCGAAGAUUGCUUUCAAUUUGUCAGAACUGGCCGGCCAGAUCAUUGCCCGAUCAGUCAGUUAGCAAAUGAAAUCGACUUUUUCUAAGAGUUUUGCUGAAAAACCAUUCUCCUUCGUGCGUACUAUUUGACUGAUCUGGCUGGAUACUUUUGAUUAAAAGUAAAAUUCUCGUUAUGACGGGAAUGGUCUAGCCGGUCAGUUGUGACAAAUAGAAAGCGUCCUUAGAGUAGUCAGGUUUGGAGUGAAUGCGUAAUUUUAAGUGCGUAAUUUGAAAAAAAAAAUGCCUGAAAUGGGAUUGAAUGGGUGACGAUGAAACUGAGGCUAUGUUCACAGUACACAGAUUGGAUAGGCUCUGUGCUACACUUUUGUGCAGUGUAAACAGGUAAUUGAACUGUGGAUGAACAAGUAGGAACGAGGAAUGGAAUCGGCUAGAAACAGAAGUGAAAAUUCAGGUGCGAGGACCUAGGAUUUAGUUCACCUUCCCUAGACUACGAGCAGUCUCUCUUUCUUCUUGGUUCGCGCGAGACACGAAAAUGACCACGCGCGUGACUGAAGGCUCGAGACGGGAGAUGCACGAACUCUUUUUGUGGCUUACUGCCUCAGACAGACGAAAAUUAAUUCCCGGGCGGAGUAUGGGGGUAUUCAGUGGACACGAUUUUAACUGGCUCAAUUUGUUGUUUAAGCGUCACGGAAAAUGCCAAGAUGUUUAUUAUCAAUUCUGUAAUACACAUUUCUCUUUUUGUCUAUACUCUUCCUGCUAGAGGCGCCAAUUUGAAAAUCCAAGCUGUUUUAAAUAAAAGAUGGCAGAUUUCUUUCUCAUAAUAGUUCUUUUUCGCAAAACAAAAGCGUUUUUUCGGACGCCAGAAAAACUAGAAAUAAAUACACGCGAUCUUCGCACAGUCCGAUAUCAUCUGUUUAUUUUGUUUACGUUCGAGAAGGGAGAGUAACUACCAAGUUAUCGCUCAAAAACUUAGCUCCCAUACCAAAUGGUGGUUGCAAAGCGAGAUGCUUCACUGGACAGCAAAAAAAAGUUUCUUUAUUUUACCGCAAUUCCUUCUAGUUUUACUCCGAGGCUUACCGCGGAUCUGUCGAAUGAUCUGGCCUUGUUUCAAGCAGCAAGGGCUACCUGAUAAGAGUGGACAAACUUGGAAAUAUCCCAUCGAAUCUUUGCUAUAAUAGCUAAAUGGAAUAAAGAUUUGUUUGCAAACAGAAAUCUGCCUUUUUCCACCACGGGCGGACCAUUUGAAUUUUGAGGAAUGGGGCGGGGGAGCUUGGGUGAUUUGAGAAAUGGUCUUACAAAGAGCGUCUGGAGAGGCUUAUUGUACUAUGCACUGCCAACUUUGCACAUAACAUUUUGCAACAGAUGACUGUUAGGGUUGAUUUCUAGUGUUGCGUAAUUUUACUUGCUUACCUGCGUAAAAUUUUACGUUGGCAAAUAAAACAGAGACAACACAUGAAAGGUUGCUCGUAAGACCUAAAGGUUGAACCUUGCUCAACUUCUCGUUUAAUCUCAGCACUUUUUACCUUACCUCUAUUUUAUUUACCUGAUUAAAAUUUACGUGCGUUAACGUGCGAAGCCAAAAGCGCAUCAGUGGAAAUCAACCUCUACAGUAACAAUCUGCUUGUUUACCGGCCGAUCUUAUUACAGCUAUCUUUUUUGUAAGUCAGCGGUUAUUUUCUGUCAACACGCCGGGUCAGCGGUAAUGAAAAGUGCGUUUACGUGCGUUAACGUGCGUAGCCAAAAACGCGUCAGUGGAAAUCAACCUUUACAGUAACAAUCUGCUUGUUUACCUGUAGAUCUUUUCACAGCCAUCUUUUUUGUAAGUCAGCUGUUAUUUUCUGUCAACACGCCGGGUCAGCAGUAAUGAAAAGUGGACAAAAAAGUAGGUAAAAGUGGUCGUGGCCAGACUAGGGUUUCCACAAGUUGCUUUCUGUUUUUAUUGCAGAAACAGCUAGCGACGCCCAAAAAAUUAGACUGCCUCAGAGGAAUUGCCGAGCAGUCACGCCAUCGACACUGUCACUCGUUUCACCAAGAGCAACAACCACAACAACAGCAUUGAUGAAUUCUAAAUCAGUCAGUUUUUGUUGAAUUUUUUCUGAAUUGCGCUUAUUUUCUGUUUUAACAUUGAUUGCUAUUGGUUAGUGAGGUCAUUUGCAAAUUGGUCUGUCUUCACCCCGCCUCUUUGUCCGCCAUUUUUCAAAUUUGGCGGGAAACGUUUGCACAUCACGUAUGCUCAUGUGAAAUAUCCUGGGAUUUUCCGUGAAGCUUAAACAACAUGCUGAACCAUAAAAUCGUGUCCGCUGAACACCCCAAUACUGCGCCCGGGAGUUAGUUUUUCCCAUUUACAAAAGUUGUCUUAAAGCGAUGUGUGUUUAUUUUUGCCAAAAGGAACCAUACCUUACUUCACUUGUAUUUCGUUUCUUUUCCCUCUGAUAUUAUCCGACUUGGGGGAUGUUCAUCUAUACUGAUUGAUUUCUGAAAAGUAGAGUGAUCUUGGCUUGCCAGUACACUAAAAAUGACUACUGGAUAUCCGGUAUAAUGUGAACCUACCCCCAAACCGAAAAGUUAAAACUUUUUCCCGCCAAGAUCAUAUCCUAAAAUCACUCAGUUUGGUAUGUCUGCGGCUAAGAUGUAUAAAAUGUUUUAAAGAUUUAACCGUAUUAAUAGCUGGGAGAUACUUCACUCAUUAGCGACAUAGAGAAAAUCUUCCGUAAAUGAUCUCAGAUAGUUUAGCCCCUGACUUGUUUGUGCUGAAACGCUUGCAACGUAGGCCAUCAUGUGACUGCAAUAUUGCGCACAAAAAUUAACUGUUAACUUCUGUUAGCCUGAAUUUCAUCCGAUUGCUUCGAGUCAUUUUCUCUCCAUCUCAGUUACUGAGGGAGUAAUAACGACUCGCAGUAAUCGUCUGAAAUUCAGGCUAAGUUUGUGUUGACUUCUUUAGUGUUUCCGCCGUCUCGGUGCACCACUGCACGUGACAAUUGUUUUCAAAUGAGUGUUGAAACUUGUCGCCACAAUAAAGGCAGAAACAUGUUCAACGCAACAUGUCACCGUGGUUGUUUACUAUUUAUAACAAAAUUCCGGAAAUUUUAGUUGGGAAUUUUCGUUCGGUAAGAACGGUACGUGUCGUUUACCGUUUGCCCAAAAUUUCCGGAUUGUCGCGCCGCGCUAGACUGGAUUCUAGUUUCAACAUGUAACUAGUACGAAACUCAAGAAACUUGUAAAUGGUAAACGAAUUUCCAUUCGGAACGUCCAACCGGGAAAAUAGGAUUACCUUUUCAGAAUUUCGGUUUGUCCCGGGAAUUUUCUAGCCUGCGUGGCAUGGCGGUUUCGGUUGGGCGCGCUAAGUAAUAAAGGCGGGCGAGAGCAGAGAAACCGCGGGGAGAUUGGGGCGGGAGCAACUUUUUCACGCAGCUUCGCCGCUCGUUCCCGCGCGCUUUGCGGCGAAUUUCGCGACCCGCGGCUUCGCCGCUCGUGCGCCCGGCUCAACAAAACCGCCAUAAUACGCAAACUAGGAAUUUUCCAGUGGAACGAACCAAAAAAAACGUUUACCAUUUACAUCCCACCCGGAAUUUCCAGGAGUUUGUUGUAAAUGGUAAACAACCUGUGUCAGGGGCAACCAACGACGGUUUUCUCCUUAAUGUAUUGAAAAGUCAUUUUAGGCUAUUCAGAGUACUUUAAGAUCUCUUCUAGAAAUGCAUUCUAAGCGGCGCUAUAAAAUUUGUACGUGUUCGGUCAUCCUAGGGGAACUUGAGUCUCUUCGAAAUUACGAGGGCUUCAGUGUUAUUUUCCGGAAAAUUUUAGAUGCAAUUGAACGUUUUACGAAAGUGGGAAUUUUUCUUAUUCCUCUCUCCAUCACAUUCUUGAAUCCGAAAUUUUAGGUUUCCUUUUUCGACGAAAAUUAGCCUAACAUAAGGAGUAAAAUAUGAAAAAUUAAACCUCAGAAAACCGUAGGGAAUUUUUUAGACAAGCUUCGAAAAUUGUACCUGAAUGGAACGCUAAUCUAGAACUUUUUUGCCCUAUUCAAGCAAUAGAACAUUCUAGGUAAUAUUUGUUUCUCCGAACAGAUAUUUUACAGAAAGCAGUCGUUGGGUGCCCCGGCCCUGUCGUGUCUGAGGCUAUGUUCAUGGUAUGAACGGCUAUCCGGUAUGUGACUCUCCAGUUAGUCCGUACUUAGUAGAGAUCGCGCGCCGAAAUCACCGUUCUAGUUCUGUGUGAAGGGAGGCCGCUAUCGGGUAUGGAUUUCGUGCCGGCGUAAACGUUAUCCGGUAUCGUUUGAACAUAGCCUUAAUAUACUUAUUUUUCUGUAGGUGGUUACAAGAUGUCUAACAAGAAAUCUGACUACGCAAGUGAUCGCCUUGGAAUGGCUGAAGAUGCGGUGAGAAGGAAAGCAAGGCGAUACCACGUGAGAGAACAGGAUAACCAACCAAACUGGAAAUGAAUUUGACAAGCGCAGGACACCAAACGAAACAACGUCUAGCCUAUGAAACUAAGAUUAUUGCGUCGUCCAGUUCAUUUUAAGCCUUAGUAAUUUCUCUUUUCUUUAUCAUUUAUUGUUGUUACAAUGGAUUUCAGUCUGCCAUAUGUGCGGAUAGGGUAAUUCAACUUGUAAAUCGUUGCCAUGUGUAACCAUGUAGAAUUCCUGUAAAUUAAUUUGUAAAGUGAAUUGAACAAUAAAAUCAACUAUUAGAAGGAUAAUAGAUAUAUCUGGCACUUAGUCAUCCAGAUCCUGCUGAUACAUCUGCAAAAGCAGUCUAAAAUUGGUUUUAUGAAAUACAUACUGAGAUUUACUAACUGAAAAGCAAUGACGCAAGUGAAACUUUCAUGGCAAAUGAGUUCUAGCCAAUCGGAGGAGCGAAAGUUUUUUCUUUUUCACAAGUGACAAAAAUAGCGCCUCCGUUAAUCAGAAUCGCGAACGAUGGUUUUUUUUCACAAGGAAAAAAUUUUGUUCAGACAAAAGCAACAGCCGUGCCUAAGUUACUUAGUUUAGUUCUCGAGCAAAAUUUUCCGCCUUGAAUAGUUUUCACUCACGUGGUUAGCAGAUACGCAAAUUUGCUGGAACAAAAGAAAGCUUUUAUUUCAGAAAAAGAGUCAACUCUCACAGGUUUGGAACACCAACAUGGCCGCUGUUUCAUAUUGUUCUGGAACACCAUGGGGCGGACGUGACGUCAUGCGAAAACUCCCUAUAGGUGCUUACAGCGCCCUAAUUCCUAGCCUGAAAUUUCGCCACGCCACCACUGGUUCCCACCGGGGGGGGGGUACGGGGGGAUACGCCCUUAAGUCAUAUAGGUACGUGCCGCCCCAAAGGCUAGGGGUUUUGCGCUGUUUUGGUCUAAAAACGGGUAUAGACUUUGCCCAUUUUGGUCUGGAAUCGGGAAUGGGUUUCGAGGGAAUUACGGGAGUGUUGGAAUUUAAGAAAUCUUUUUUUUUGUCCUAAUUUAAUAAGUAAUGAUGAUAUAAUUACUUAGAUGCCAGGUCUGAAAACGGGUAUGGAUUUUACAGGCCAGGUCAGUGAAAACGGGUGUGAAAAAUGACAUUAUUUGGUCUGAAAUAGGGUCAGGAUUUGGAGAACCUGGCGGCACAUCAACGAGCGCAAUUUCAUACUGAUGACCCGAUACUGCCCAGAUCUUGUUAGUACCUCUGAUUGGUUAAUUAAUAAAGUCCGCAUUAAAAGAAAAAAAAUUUGGAGACGUUUUUCUUGCAGAAAAGAGAACACUGUUGAAAUAGUGAUAGCUUCGUAUAUAUUAUUGUCACUGACGAAAUCUGUGAAGAGCCUGAGAAACAACAACAGACGGGAAAAAACAGAACGCCCAUUUCACUCAAAUUGCCAAAGAUUUUGCUUAUUUUGCUUAUACUGUAAGCCUCAUACUCGGAACAAAAAGUUAAGAGACUUACAACCCGGGGGGCGGGGGGCUGCAACUUCUGUAGACAAGACACCGGACAAUGUCUGUAUUAACUAAUUAAUUUCGUAAUCUCACUAUACGUUUUGCCAAGAGCCAUAUUAUGGCUCUUGGUUUUGCUCGGUACUGUUUGAGAGCCAACGUCGUUUUCCUUGUUAUUUCAAGAUGUUGGUUAUCCUCUUCCAGGCUCCGAGAUGGUCGGGUCCGCAGGGAUUGAGAAAGCACGUACCUUUCACUUUUGCGUCUUCCCCACUAUCUGAGAGCCUGGAACAGUGACAUAAAUAUGGGCGUAGCGUGAGGAAAGAAGCCUCUGUCUGCAGCCGUUCAUUCCCGUUCGAUAAUUUAGAUAAUUAAAUUUUCUUGGAAAGUGCGCGCGGACGUUAUUUACGCACAAGUUAUUGAAGUAUCAGGGUGGAUUCCACUGUCGCGUGAUUUAACGUGCGUACGCCCUUUCCUCUCCUUUUUAUUUUCAUGUUUGUGCGGACCCGACUAUCGCGGAGCCUGGAACGUAACAGGCUAAUAUUUAUGACGAAAAGGUAGCCUCUUUCUUCCCCCGCCCCCGUUGCUCGCAGGCUAUCUCUACUCGCAAGGUUACAGGGAGCAAACAAAUCCGGCAACAAACUCUGAAGAAUAAAACAUCUCGUCCACUAAUGACCCACUAAUCAUAGCUGUUCAUCGAACGAAAACUUACGUUCAGUCCCCUUUGUCGUGAAAAUGACUAUCAGAUAGCAGUCGAAAUCUUGCGCUUUAUAUCAAAAGUAACAACGCAUCGUGAGGCAAACUAUAAGUUACUUUGUCAACGUUCCUUGCCACAAUCAUGGAUGUCCAAACCAAUCGUAACACUUCCACUAUACCGACUACAACGUACCUAUAUCAAAUGAGCCCUUCAAGUAAAGAUAAGAAAGUCGAAAAUAUGUACUAUUAUUACGUAUUUUUGCGUAUUCAAGUACGCGCGAGCAGUCAAACAAAAGGUCUGGAACGAGGCUGAAAACAGAGAGCGAGACUGGGGAGAGACGCUAAAGGGAAAACGGACGGUCGGUUUUUCUCUCGCCUCGCAAGCCCUACGGGUGUGCGCGCCUCGUGCGCGUAAGACUCUUACGCCACGCUUUACCGAUUUCUUUACUGAUUUUGAGUAAAAAAUCGACUGUUUUGCAGUCUACAAUGGAGAUAGCUUCAUAGCCUAUGCGCUAAUGUCCAGCAAUGGAUAGAUACAGGAGCCGGCUCCUGAUAGAUAGAAAUGAUUGUCCUCUGUACCUACAAUCUUGCACAAAAUAGAUGGGAAAUUUAUACCUCCCGCUCCCACCAAAUCAAGGAUGGGAAUAUGGCGCAUUUUGGCUUUCGCACGGCUUCAUCAUUGAUUUAGGAGGGAUGGAGGGAUGAGGGUUAGCCUGCUAACAGCAGACGUAUUUCCGGUCGAGAGAAGCGACGACCGGAAAUACGUCUGCUGUUCGCGGGCCACACAUCUACAUUGAAAAAACAUAAAUCAACUUCCGGUUCCGGUUAAAUAAAUAUUGUUGUAGUUGCUAUUUUGAAUAUGGAAAAAUAUUAACCAGUGUAAAGCAGUUCGGUUUUUUUUAAAAAAUUAGGAUUUUUUUUGGAAAAUAGUUACUUUCGUUUGAGCAUUUUUUUUCGGAAAAUCUGCGAGUUCAUUAAACCGGAAAUUGUUGAAAACAUGUGUCAAAGUGAGGCUGAGUGGUUUAUUUAUAGUUGAUGUUUAAAGCCUAUCGUCUGACUGUGAUCCAAGCAAGCUGUGACGGCCGGUCCCAAGUUUCUUCCUCUUCUUCUUGCGAUCAUGCCUCGUUCUUUUCUUGUGAAGAGGCGAAAGAGCGAAGAUACAAAAUCUGUUUCCGAUUCCGGUAAGUUAGAGGUGAACUUGAUUCUUUACUUAAAAUUCGCACGUGUACCGAACGAUCGAUCGGUCAUAUUCACUCGCGGUUCCUCUUCACUGCCUGGGUACGGUUGAUUUCAGAUGUCAACACGCGGAGACAGAACUCUCUAUUCCACAUCACUGGUCGAGCCGCUGGGAAAAUUGGAAAAUGAUCCGCGUUUAUGUUAAGAAGAAUAUUGCUUUAAUUAAUUCAAGUUUAUUCGAACUGCUUACCGAUUCAUUAUUCAACUUUACAUUUGCAAAAUCAUAUCACAGACGUACAUUAACCCGUUGAGAUUUUUCAGCGACGAGAGAGAAAUUGUACAAUUUCAUUCAUCUGCGCCUUCAUGGGGAAAAGAGUUUAAUCUGGUUUUCUUGGUUUUAAGCGGGCUUUUUAGCGUUUAGAAAUCUUCAGAGUCUUUUUCUUAUUAGCACUUUUGCAAGUAACAGUAAUUUUAGUAUACACACACCUGGGAUGCUGACGGCAGAUGUUUUGCAAACUUGCUGGCCCGGGUGGCGAUUUUCUGUUUGAAUUUCCACAGCUUUGACAAGGGGAUUACCAGUGGAUGAAAUUCCACUUUUUUCCGGGAUUUGUAAAUUUCCCCUCGUUUUCGAUUGCUGUUCGAUACCAGGCAACUUGAACACAAAAACCAAUGGAAAUGUUGUCCUAUGAAUUUUAGCCAUAAAUUAAAACGGUUCUGUAAACAUGUGAGGCCUAAUGUCACAGCUGUUCCGAGGGGAUUGAAUUCAGCAAUAAAAAUACAAACAACCACGCAUAAAAAAAGAGAAAAAAAUAAUGUAAAAAGCGGGAAAGCAAAACUUUGGAAUCUGGCAUAAGAAAAGGGCGGCUAAAUUUGCUUAAGCUUGGAGAGGAAUUUCAAGACAACUAAAUUAUGAUAAGACAGCGCGGGAAACGUUAAAUGAAGCCCGGAAGGCCUGCUGCGUUCAGGUCUUGAAAUGCCCUCUAUCUUUACUAAUAAAAACGAAAAGUUAUGAAUUUUAAUCAGAGCGGAGGAAAAUCUUGAGAGCAUUAGCCCUAAGAAUAAAGACGAGAGCUUUACGAACGUCUCCCUAAGAUGAUUUGUAUCAGGAGCUAUUUUGAAUGAUAAUCCUUGGGGAAAACUGGAAAAAUAAAAUCCUCCGACGAUAGCCUAGGAUCAUUGUGAUAUCAUUGUGUACAUUAUUCCGAGAUUUGUUUAUUUCACGCUAGAUAAAUGAAACUUUCUAGAAAAAAGGCGGGAGAAAAUUAAAUCCUCAAAAAAUGUACUUCUUCUUUGAAAUAUGUUAAUAUACAUGUAAAAGAAAGAUCUAAAGCGGGCUUGCUAAUGAUGUUGGUAAUCCGAGGAAUAAAGGCAAAUUUUCCUUUCAAGAAUAAAGGUGGUAUCGUAAAAAAAUCGAAUUCGACGCCUGGACACACGCAAAAGUGACAAUAUUUUAUUUGCUAUGUUAAUUUUAGUUUUUUCUUUCAUUAGAAAGGAUUCAUUUUUCAUUUCAAAACUUUUCACUUUUCAAUCGUAAAAAGCCUUCAUUGACGCUCUGUAUAAUAAAGAAAAAAAUCAGGUGAAUGAUAAAUCAUGACAAUUUUGAUUUUAAAACAGGGAACUCUUUAGAUGGACUGACAAAAGGCUUUUACGAGAAAAAUUUUAAAUGAAAGAUAAAUAAUUUUUUUUAGCUGUUGAAGAUGUAUUCUUUAUGUCGAAACAGAUGUUCAAUACGUUGCUGAUAACAAUACAACAUUUUAAGAGCUCGUAUAAAGCUUUUUUCCUGCGUUUGUUUUCUGUCGAAGCAACUUGGAAAUCGACGAUGGCUUUUUCAGAACGCCUUAUCAGUCAUAAAAUGAAAUAUUUGUUCCAAACACUCGGAAAAGGUCUGAAGAUAUCAUCACUUAUUAAAUUUCUUAUUCAUCUCUGGUGAAAAGUCAGCGAAAAAAUUGUAAUUCAAGUCUGGAAAGCAGCGUGGAAACAACUGUGCCCCAGAGAAACCAUUUGUCGCGUUGUUUUCGUUAAGCUCUAAUUUGUAGAUUGUUUGCCCGGGAAAAGCGUUUUGUGCAAUACGAGAAGAAUGGAAAAUAGCAUAUGGAAAAUCGAUUUUUUGGGGCCUGUAUGUUGUCUGUGGCUUUUAAAGAUCGCCGUUAGCCAAAACUAGAUAUUCCAAGAAUGCUUAUUUUUCAGAUAACGCAUGCAAACGAAAACAGCUGGGCUUCAGGUGGAUCUUUGAUAUGCGCCUUUUAGAAGAAAAUGGGCGUUUUUACCGCGCAGAAAUGGUUUCAGUUUUAGUGAAUUAAGCCGCUUGUAUUGAUGGGCCUUUGUAUUACAAGUCUUUUUAUCCCAAAACAAUUGAGUUCUGAAACUCAAACCACUACAAUGUGAAAGGAGAAAAUGAGGAAAAACAAAACAAUAGUUAGCUUCUUCUUCCAGAUGGUUUACAUGUAUUUUCCACAUUUUUGCAUCUGGCAUUUCCUGCUGUUUUUCAAUAAGAUUAAGUUAUGUGUGUGUUAUCGAGUAUCUCGAUUUAAAAGCCACGGUUUAGACGGUAAACACUUAGGGAAAAACACAUUCUCGCCUAGAUCUGCACUGAACAUAGAAAAAGUUGAAAAAUGGUUUGAAAGUUUCGUUUGAUCACCUGUAAAGAAAAAAAGGGGGCAACGUUAUUACAAUAAUCUCCCUCGGAGGAAGAUCAAGUUUAAUAAACGAAAUUUCGCAUUUUACGACUCGUAAUUAAAAAAGCCCAUGCAAUAUCAGCCCUCUGUAAAGUUGUACUUUUGAGUUCCCAGCCUCAGGUCAUCGUACUAAAUUUUUCAUAUAAAUGAAGAUUUUCUUUUCACCUUAAUUACUUUGUAAUAAAGCGUUUUUAUUUAACGCGUUUUGCAUAUGCAAAACCGCCGCCAUUUCCGACCGCUCAUAAAGAAGCAAAUGUUGUUUUUCCUCAGUUCACUUUCACAUGCACUCAUCCACCGACAGUGAUAGAUUAAAAUUCUGUUCUGCACUUUCCGCUGCAUUAACAGCCCGUGUUAUUGUUUCCCAGGAAAUUAAAAGCGCAAUAAAAGAAAAGAUGUCGAGGAUCCGUCGCGCGUUUUUUAAAAAUACAGUACCCUUCGAUCAGAUUCUCUUUCAAUCUUCCUACAUAUUACUUAUUAGAGACAUUAGAAGGAAACCCUGCUCCUAGGGUAUUAAAGAAGUGGUUUAUCUAUUUUUUCGGUUGAUGAAAUUUUUUAUUGCUUAGGACUCCCACCUGCUCAGAAUGUACAAACACUAAAAAAAGAACAAUUGACUAUUCACUUCCGCAGGCAGAGCCUACUUGUCACACAUGUUGCGUGACAAAUCAAGCCACUCACUUUCGUUCCACCACCAGCGUGUAGAUCGCGCGGGGGGGGGGGGGGGGGGGGGGGGGGGGGUUUUUCCCAACAUUUUUGGGUAGGGGGGUGGUGGGGGGUGUUAAACACCCCGCCCCUUUUUUGUGAAAAACACCCCCAAAAAAAAAAAAGAGAAAGAGGGGGGGUGGGAGAAGAGAGGAGGACCGGGGGGCGGCCCGCACCAUAAAAAAAAUUUUUUUUUGUUUGUUAGAUAUUUUUUUAUAUCCAGCCCACCACCCACAUAAAAAAAUAAAAAAAAAAAAAAAAAAAACAAAAUUCUCCCUUCCCCCCCGGGGCGAGCGGCCCCCUUACGUCCGUGUGGCCGAGAAGCCGCCCGGCCCCCGGGCGCGCCGCCGGGGGGGGGGGGGGGGGGGGGGGGGGGGGGGGGGGGGGGCGAGGGCGGGGUUACUUGACCAAUAUUUGGGUAUAGGUGAGUUACUGAGGGUUUAAAACCCUGACCCUGUUUUGGACAAGAAAGUCCUCAAAUAUAAACCCAGUUUAGGAAAACACCUUAAAUUACCCUGUUUAGGAAAGGACAAAAUGCAAGCGAUCUUGUUUUAAAGCCAUUUAUUGGCAAUUGCAAUAGAGCAAAUUCACGCUGUCAUAGCCUUUGUGUACUUGGAGUACAAAUAAUUUCAUAAGUCAAAUCAAUCAUACAGGCAAUACCCUGUUUCCCUUCAUUUCACUACCAUGUUUAAGACAAGAGAUAUUUUUUGGAGGCCCAAACGUGACACUCUGUUUAAGAAGUUCUCCAUUGUUUCUUCAGUUUGGGUUCAAUGAGUUUUUUCAAUUAUAAACACAUCACCGACCACGUAUGUAGACUCUGACUGUGCCACCAAGGUUUGCACCGUACUGAAGGCUUCAGGUCCAGGAAGAUACCCUGUUCAAGGCGCUAAAUAUUGAAAUUGUAUACCCUGUUUAAGGCUCAAGAGCCUCAAUCUGGCCAAAACAUACCUGUUUUGGCCAGAUAUUGAUAAGGGAGUGACUCCUGACCCCUGGGGGUAAAUUAUAUACCCAGUUAAAGUCAAAGAUGUUUAAUUCAACCUGUUCUUUGCAUUUUUUCAGAAAUUAAAGAUGGCAUAAAAAAGGAUAGAUUGAACCAUGAGGUUGAACGACAAACAGCUGUACCCUCCAACCAGCGUGUGGGUUUUCAUCCAUCAUCACAUUUGAAUUUAUUGGAAAGAAAUCACGCAGUUUGGAAUCGUUCAAACACUUCCUGUUUUCACUAUACAGCAGGAUUACUACGACAUCACAUGAUUGACAGUUUUAUCAAUCUAGCACCAAGCCAUACGUGCGUGAAACAUUGCUGUUGUGACUGCUUUCAUAGAAAACUUGAACAGAAUACUGGUUGUUUGAGCUGUCUUUCUUCAGCACCUAAAACCCUGCCUGAUGUCACCCAACAUCUUGCAUUGCCACGACGUUGCAGUGGCACAAACCAUGACUGUGCCUGUCAUAUAAUUUACUUUCCAAAGCGUGAACCAUUUUAUCCAAAGCCUUUGCCAGCAACAUUAAAAGGAGAGGAAUUCGAUGAGAAAGAAGUUAGGCAGAGAGUAGAAAAGAGACCCAUAGGCCUUGUAGAUAAGGACAUCGAAAGAGUUGUAAGCUCAGAUACUGACCUCAAAGUUUUACCAGAGGAGAAAAUGUCAAUCAAUAAAAGUACUUACAAAGAAGACACAGAUAGAACAAUGGAUGAGAUUCCUGCAAAGAAAAUAAAGACAUCAGUCACAAAUGUUUCGGAUACCAAAGUCAAGUAUGACAGUGGGAAAAUUUCUUCAUUAAAGGAAACAACUCAAUUAAACAUCACUGAGGUCAAGAAAACAAACGAUUAUGAGACAGAAAGCGCAUUGGCAUCUCGUAAAAAGAUUAAAAAAGAAAUCUCUGAGCCAAAGAAUGCAGGUACUGACAAGAAAGAGCUCUGUAAUAGUGAAGUUAACAGCCAGGAAAAACAUGAGACAAUGCCAAUGAAUGUCCAGCAAAAUUUACCUCGUAAGGUGGCAAGAAAGCCACAGCAUUCAAAAUCAAAACGAGCUGGCAAAGAUGGCAUUGUGAAGCAUUAUAACACGAGGGUUGCAACAACUCGGCCAAGAGUUUACAGUUCUGACUUUGUUAGUCCAGAAGAGGAUGAUGACUGGAAGCAGGAUGGGGAAGAAUUCCAAAUGAAAAGUCGACAGAGGUCAAAACUAAACAGACUUCUAGCAAAUGAACAUGAGCGUCGAAGAGUUGCCCAGUUGAAUAAUGCAUACCAGGAUUUGAGGCAGUUAAUCCCAGGAUAUCAGUGUGACACUAAACUCCCCAAAAUCAAAAUACUGAAAUAUGCUAUUAAUUACAUAGCACAUUUAGAUAAAAUUCUAGGGGGUGGAAGUAUACAGGAGGUGUAA